GGUGUUUUCUGUCCCUCCAGCUGCAGAUCAAAGUGAACGGACAGAGAGGAGGACUGGGAAUUUGUAUUGCAGGAGGAAAAGGCUCCUUGCCGUACAAAGAGAAUGAUGAGGGUAUUUUCAUCUCCAGAGUGUCUAAAGGCGGACCGGCGGAGAAGGCCGGGGUUCAUGUUGGGGACAGAGUGUUGGAGGUCAAUGGCCAAGACAUGCAGGAGGUCAGCCACCAUGAGGCUGUCAGCGUCCUGAGGAAUGCUGGGAGCUGCAUAAAAAUGAAAGUGGUGCGGGAGAGAUGCGUGCCUGUGGAGUCGCGGCUGCACGAGAGGUCUGACACCAUGGAGACAGCAGACCCCCAGUUCAGCCAAGAGUGGGAUGUCACCAUGAGCAAUAACAGAUCAAGUGGCCCACAAUCCUCCACUGAUCCCACGCUGGACUGCAGCCCAAUGACCAGCAGGAUAGAAGCUACCGUCUGCAAUGGAAAUGGACUGAAUGAUCCAGUACAGGACUUACGGCUAACAAAAGACACGGAGACCUUCAAAAACAAUGCCCUACAGGUUGUGAAAAAUACCAUGACGAUACCUCGGAUUAUUCUGACUCACCCCUCUACCUCAGAUGAGGAAGUGGAGCCCCUGACGCAGAGCCCAGAUGAUGGAGAUUUUGAUUCUGACUUCAGCGACUCGGACAGUCACAUCUACUCUGACUGCUUGAACAGUGCUUUCUAUCCUCUGUGAAAGAUAGAGAAGCACACAGGCUCCAGAUGUGCCUGUGUCCUUCGGUCAAGUGAAAUUGUUCUGGCUGUGGUCCACAAUUGCCGGAGCAGAAAAUGAGUGACGUGGGAUCGAUACUUCAGGCAAAGUCCACAGUAACAGGAUGCUUGCGCCAAUAAAAAUUCUGAACUGUCUAGAGCACCACUGUGUGAAGACGAUAUAGAGAAAGUGGAAAGUAAAUAGAUAAUAUUUUUCUAAAAUGUUGCUUCUUUAAAUUUUGCACGCUCU